GGGGCAGAGCCGCGCCGGGAGCACCGGGAGCAGCGAGCACCGGGCCGGCCCCCCCCCCCGAGUUGCUAUGGUCCCUCGUUCUGGGGUAGAAGUUCGCCAGUUGAAGUUAUGUGCUUGACCUGGAAGGACUGCGCUGCUGGCACCUUGAAGACCCUGUGAACUGGAACGGGAGAGAAGCCCGCUGGCAGGUGGAAUGGGGCAGCCAUGAACGGCGAUGCCCUGUGCCAGGAGCCCUCCUCCCCGCUCCCCGACUGGAGGGAGUUCUGCGAGCUGCACGCCCAGGCGGCUGCCGUCGACUUCGCCCAGAAGUUCUGCCAGUUCCUAAAGGAAAACCCUCACUACGACACCCCCGGGGCAGAGGCCUCCUUCUCGCACCAUUUCGCCGCCAACUUCUUGGACAUCUUCAGCCUGGAGGUCAGCCGGGUGUUCGUGUCCGACUCACCCACCAAGUACAACAUCGUGCCCUUCGUGGGGCUGCAGAACUGCCACGUCCCCUACGGGCGUGAGGUCACGCCGAGGAAGGAGGAGACGUCCACAGAGUCCCUGGACAGCAUGGACACCCCGAUGGGUGCUGGACGGUACCUGAGUCCGGCACAGCAGGUACAGGCACGCAAGGUGUCCUCAUACGGCCAGUCCCGCAGCUCGGAGGAUGUCUCCAUCCAUGCUGCCACCAAGCCCAAGUUCAAGAAAGGCUUCUCCUUGAGGAACAUGAGCUUGUGCGUGGUGGAUGGCAUGAAGGAGAUGUGGCACCGCAAGUCCUCCCCGGAGCCGGGCGCCGAGGCUGCCCUGGGUGGCCGGAAAGCCGAGAGGGAGCCGUGGCUGGCCGGGGGCAAGGAGCCCAGUGACCCACGGGAGAAAUGGACCCACAAGCUGCGCUUGUCCAAGGUGCCCUCCUCCAAGGUGGAGCUGGUGGACAUCCAGAGGGAGGGGACGCUGCGCUACAUGGUGGCCGAUGACACGAACUGUGUGGGGAGCUCGCAGUGGCAGAAGUGCCGCCUCCUGCUCCGGAAAGCGGUGAAGGUGGAAGGAGAGAGGUUCCUCCUCGAGUUUUAUGUCCCUCCAAAGGCUUCCAAACCCAAGGUGAGCAUCCCGCUCUCGGCCAUCAUCGAGGUCCGCACCACCAUGCCGCUGGAGAUGCCUGACAAAGACAACACCUUUGUCCUAAAGGUGGAGAAUGGGGCUGAGUACAUCCUGGAGACCAUUGACUCGCUGCAGAAGCACUCCUGGGUGGCGGAUAUCCAGGACUGCAUCGACCCUGGGGACAGCGGGGACGACAUCGAGCUGGCGUCCUGCGUGCAGGGAGCCUGUCUGUCGGGAAGGGUGUCCUCCUGCAGCUGCGAGUUCCUGGCUGAUGAUGUGCCCAGGCCUCCAGACAGAUGUGCCCUGCCCGGCGCUCACACCACCACCACGGCCACCGCUGUCCCUGCACCCCACGGCCGGGGCAGGGACUCUUUGGGGGAGCUCCUCACACACGUCCCACUGGAGAGCUUCCUGCAGACGCUGGAGUCCUCCCCCAGCGGGCAUCUCGCAGGAGAGGACAGCGAGGCGGAAGCGGAGAUCAACCUCUCGGACUUCCCCUGGUUCCAUGGGACGCUGUCACGGAUCAAGGCGGCUCAGCUGGUGCUGCUGGGGGGUGCCCGGAGCCACGGCCUGUUCGUCAUCCGGCAGAGCGAAACGCGGCCCGGGGAGUACGUGCUCACCUUCAACUUCCAGGGGAAAGCAAAGCACCUCCGCCUGUCGCUGAACGAGAGCGGGCAGUGCCACGUGCAGCACCUCUGGUUCCAGACCAUCUUUGACAUGCUGCGCCACUUCCACACGCACCCCAUCCCUCUGGAGUCGGGUGGUGCGGCCGACAUCACCCUCCGCAGCUAUGUCGUGGCACAGAGCCCGCUGCCGGACGCUGGCCCCCCACCAGCCCUUGUGUCACAGCCGCCAGGGUGCCGGGUCGACCUGCCACCUCCACACUACUUCUGCAGCACAGCACCCAGCGGCCCGCCGGCCCCGCCGUCUGCUGAAGGGGUGGCCGUGGCCCCUGCUGUCACCGUCCCCGCACCCUACCACCGCCUGGAGGGUGCCCUGGGCCCCCGCAGCCGCAGUGACAGCGUGGAGCGCCGGCCAGAGCCCCCCACCGCCAGUGCUGAGGACUACCACGAUGCCGACAGUGCCCGGAGCCGGACCCGGGCGGUGGAAAACCAGUACUCCUUCUACUGAGCCCCCCAUGCCCUGGGGCUGGAUGGUGGGGGGAAACGGGGUACCUGCAGCCCUCACUGCUGCACCAGCCUCGCCACCUCCUCCUGCCACCCCUGGCAUGUCCUUCUUGCUCCCUGCCACUUCUGGGAGCCGUGUCAGCAGUGGGCAAUGUCCUGGCUGGACCUGAUGCCAGCCCCAGGGUUGGGGCAGUGCUGGGGGUUGGGGAGGCUGAAAGUGUCAGUGCCAUUUUGGAGCUUGCAGGCUCUUUUCUUUCCCUCUGGUCCAGGAGCUCUGCCAGGGCCAAGCAUCCCUGGGGAUGCCCAUCAUGGGAUGGCAGCCCAAAGCUGUGCCAGGCUCCAUCCUCCAGCCAAAGGACCUCACAUGUUCCUUCUGGUGUGAAACCCCAGCGUGGCCAACAUCCCUUCUGGCACCAUCACCCUGCAAACCAGCCACUGAGGGGCUCUGCUGUUUUGGGAUGACCAUGGAAAUGGCAGAUCCCCAUGCAGAGGCUUUUCUUGAGUUGUGAGGGUUUAUCCAGGCUGGCCUUCAGGCUCCCUCUGGGGCACAUGUUUCCCAUCCUCUGCCAGGAGAAGGUUUUUUCCAAAGCUUCAUGAAUUGCAGUUGAGGAAGGUUUUCCUGCUGUCCUGCCUCUUCUGUUCCUUUGUCCUUUCUCUCCUUUCUCUACCUUUCUUCUUUUUUCCUUUCUUCCUCCCUCUCUUCUUUGCUUUUCAAAACCUAAGCUCUCUACAAGGGCAUCAGUUCAACCUUCUGCCUUGUCCUGCAGGCUGGGCUCCUCGAAUGAAAACACUACACAUCUGCAGUGAGAUGUUGUUGAAGGUUGGGGUUCUUCUUGGAGAGAUAGAAAUGCCCAGGAAAAGCAAAAGGAAUGGGCCUGGAGCCAGCCAGCCAACAGGAUUGCCCUUGCCCAUGGCUGAAGUCCCUCCUUGGCAGAUGUAAAACACUGCCAGUGAUGAUUACAGCAGCACUGGACCAGUUGAUGCUUCUUGGUGGCUUUCUGCUCCUCCAGUACAGCCACAUGCAUCUAUAGCAGAAAAAGGAGGUCCCCUGCUAGAGGUGAGCCCUGGAAAAGAGCGUAGAGCAGAAACCUGCUGUGGCGUUGGGGUGGUUUUACAGGAUUGUGUGCCUCGUGUGGGGUGGGAGACCCUCUGACGGGGCAGCUUUGCUUGCAGACACACUGCUUGCACAUUCCCUCUUGGUUUGCCUCACACAGCUUGUCUUACCCAUCAUCCUGGCUCCUCAUGUGGCUGCCAGGCCUGGGUGACAGUGCUAGCAGGACCUGAGUGAGGUGACUUGGAAGUGUCUGGAAAGGUCUCCAGGUAAAGGCUAUCACUUAGUGCAAAGAGAGGUACGAGCCAAGCCACAACCUCACUCAAACCCCUUGAAUUUGCCUGGAGUUUUGGGCUGGGUCAGUAUGUUUUUUUAAUAGGUGCCUUCUUUCCUGAGUUAGUAAAGCAUGUCCCCAGCACUACAGUCACUUGUCUCUCCCAGUUCAAGAGGGCAGGGCAGGCAUCUCCAAGGCUUCUUGCCACCUCCUGCAAUGUGAGAGCUGCCUUUCUGGCCCAUGGGUGUGUGUGUGUUGAGGGCUGGUAGAUCUCAUUCCUGCAGCAAAUGCCACUUUCUCCCUACAUGCAUGGCCCUUCAGAGGGCAGUUUCCUCUGGCAGGGAUAUUUCAUCUUUCUUAGCACAGCUAAACCCAGCUUGGAGGAGCCCAUGCAGCAUGGGGAGGCCAAAUGCUCUUGGUUGAUGGGCUUAACAUGGACCUGCUUCCUUCACACACAUGGUGAAUGAGGGGGGACCUCUGAAUGCAGCACAGACAUGGUCGCUCUUGUUCUUCACUGAGGUCCCAAGGGGCCAGGUGGUUGUGGCUGGGAGCACUGCCUUACAGCCCUUCAGCUGGUGGCUGGUUUUUCUCUUUCUGCGUCACAGGAUAGGAAAAGGAGGGGGAAGCAAUGAUCUGCAAGCAAAACUGUUCAUUUGUAAAUAGGGAAGAGUCUGGAAGAGUUUACUGUUCUGUAGAAUAAAUUAAUUUUAUUUAAAAAAGCAAAAAGGGACUUGUUAAACAAACGGAGAACUCGAGUUCCAGUUUUAAAAUAAAAUCACUUGCAAAAAGGA